AGGGGCGGAGGUCAUUGAGCCCUGCAGCGGCGCGCAGGCUGUGAGAGGCUAGGUGCCUUGGAGUUCAGGGUACAUUUGGGCCAGCAGGUCCUGCGGGUGAUUCAGGGAGCAGAGGGGGCAUAGGAAGUGCUGAGCUGUGGAGCCCGAGGUUGCUGCUGCGCUGGGCUGGGUGCGCCAUGGCAAGCCAGGCGCAGAGCUCUUCUGCUCCGGACACAGCCACUGGCUGGCUCAGGAUGCCAAGAUGUCUGCACGUCGAGACUGUGCGGUGGUGACAGAGAGAUGACCUGAGGGGACGGCUUCCAUCUUCACAACAAUGUCCAUGAACAGUUCCAAACAGCCAGUGUUUCCUGCAGACGGGCUCAUAGCAAACUCUACCUGUCAGAUGCAAGACCGGCUUUCAGUGUUUUUCUCAGUAAUCUUCAUGACAGUGGGGAUCUUAUCUAACAGCCUGGCCAUCGCCAUUCUCAUGAAGGCGUAUCAGAGAUUUAGACAGAAGUCGAAGGCCUCCUUUCUGCUCCUGGCUAGCGGCCUGGUGAUCACAGACUUCUUUGGCCAUCUCAUUAAUGGAGGGAUAGCUGUCUUUGUAUAUGCCUCUGAUAAAGACUGGAUCCGCUUCGACCAAUCAAACAUUCUCUGCAGUGUUUUCGGAAUCUCCAUGGUGUUUUCUGGUUUGUGCCCUCUUUUUCUAGGCAGUGCGAUGGCCAUUGAGCGGUGUAUCGGGGUCACCAAUCCUAUAUUCCAUUCCACGAAAAUUACAUCUAAGCAUGUGAAAAUGACACUAGGUGGCGUGUGCAUGUUGGCUAUUUUCGUGGCUUUGUUGCCUAUCCUUGGAAACCGAGACUACCAAAUCCAAGCAUCCAGGACCUGGUGUUUCUACAACACACAGAACAUCGAAGACUGGGAAGACAGGUUUUAUCUCUUGUUCUUUUCAUUUCUGGGCCUCUUAGCUCUUGGUGUUUCGUUCCUGUGCAAUGCCAUCACAGGAGUGACACUCCUUAGGGUGAAGUUUAAAAGUCAGCAGCAUAGACAAGGCAGAUCCCAUCACUUUGAGAUGGUCAUUCAACUCCUCGCCAUAAUGUGCGUCUCCUGCAUCUGCUGGAGUCCCUUUCUGGUGACGAUGGCCAACAUCGCAAUAAACGGAAGUAAUUCCCCAGUGACCUGUGAAACGACGCUCUUCGCUCUCCGAAUGGCAACGUGGAAUCAGAUCCUGGACCCCUGGGUGUACAUUCUGCUCCGGAAGGCUGUCCUGAAGAACUUGUAUAAGCUUGCCAGCCACUGCUGUGGAGUGCACAUCAUCAGCGUGCACGUCUGGGAGCUCAGCUCCAUCAAGAACUCCUUAAAGGUUGCCGCUAUUUCUGAGUCACCAGCCACGGAGAAGGAGAGCCAGCAGGCACCCAUUGAAGUAGGACUGUAGGCCAACGCAGGCCUAGAAGAAAGUUGGGGAAAGUUUUGGGACCAUCUCAGCUGAUCGGAUGUACAGCCUAACUGGAACAUUUGGACCUCAGUGUGUAGUUUGGGAGUACACUGGACUGACACAGCUUCUGAAUUGUGUUAUACCGGCUGUUGCUGCUUGGUUGUGCAUUUUUACUUGUUUUUUUUUUUGUCAACAGGAGGUAAACUGAUACACUAUGGUGGAGUUGAGCAGAACACAACUUUUGGAUUCAGCUGUGUGACUUGUGUUUUUGGAAUAAAUGUGUCUGCUGAGGCCCAACGCUGAUGAAUACUUGACCUAUUUGUUCAAGGCACCUUAACGCUACCUGCACCAUAAAAUGGCCUUUUCAUUGGUGUAUAGACAAGGCUCAAAUCAUCACAGGACUCUGCACUUGUCCGUGUGCGGGGUUCUUGUGUGUUUACCGGUCUACAUAUCCUCAAUCAGCAUCUGCAUAGCCAAGGCGUCUGGGAUUCACAGUAGCUUGUGCUGACCACCGCGGACACUGGGUCGGCCUGACCUUGUGAGGCUGAUGAGCAGGGCCAUUCUUGUCACAGCCGAUGCACGCACUUGCUUGCAUUUGUUGGUGUGAAGGUCAACUAUUGUUUGAAAUUUUUUUUUUCUGUGAAGUAAUAGAUUAUCAGUGUUUAAAUGAUUUCCCCUUUCCUCUGGAAAUUGCAGAGAAACACAGGCUUUGUCUUAGCACAGAUCCAGCUCCUGAGAGCGUUCCCAAUAAGCCCUAUCGUGGACCAUGCAAUACCAGUGAUGCAUGCCAAGAACAUGGCAAAUAUUGCUUUACUGAGCUGUCGUUAAUGUUUCAAAGGAUAAUAAUAAUAAAAAAAUCAAUCACACAUCCAGUCUGUCUGUAGCUAGUGUGUUUCUACUUGACAAACACAGGCAUAAGGAAGUUCUGCUGACAGCAGUUUCACUAAAUCUGUUGGACUACAUUUUCAAAAGCCUGUGUUAUCAGUGUCAAAGGGGAAAGAUCUGAAAUUAGCCAGGAGUUGGUGACCCAUUGUUAUGGUUAAUCAGAGACCAAGGGACAAGACUCUGUCUCCAAGUUUCCCAAUCAUACUUCACACUUCUCCUUUGCUUGUUUUUAUAGUUUAGCAUAAAGGUUUUCAAUUUCAGUAAUCAUUCUAAGCAUUGUGGGUCUAUCAGUGACUAGGACUAAUGGCUAUGUUUCAUAAAGAAAUAUUUUCUGUAUUUAAAAGUCCUUGUUUUCAUCAGGUUUGGCUGUAUUUAAACAAAUACUGCUUCCCCCCUCUUUGCAGUGUGUGUGGGUGUUUUGCUUGACUGCAUGUCUGUGCAUCAUGUAUCUUUCUGGCACGUACCGAGACCAGAAAAUGACAUCAGAUUCUGUGGGAGUGGAGUUACAGAUGAUUGUGAGCACCAUGUGGGUGCUGGGAAUUGAACCCAGGUCCUCUGGAAGAGACGUCAGUGCUCUUAACUGCUGAGCUGUUCCUACAGCCUCUAAAAGUUUUUUUUUAAUCUGUAAAAAUUAUUUCAGAGUCUAGGAACCCUGAGAAUGCAAUAAAAUUAAAUUAGUAUACUUAUAAACUGCUUUUGAUUGGAUGUUUACAUUAGAUGUGAUUAAUGAUUUUGGUAAAUUCUCAUGAGUAAAUUAAAAGAAAUUAAGCAAGUAGCCUUGUUGAAGGCUUAAAGGAAAUCGUUUGUAGCGAAUUAAAAAGGAAUACAUACUAUUAUGUGAUAAUCUUAAAGACAAUAAGAGACCAAUCACACAAUUUAUUCUUAUGUAGAGAAUAUGACAGAUAAUAGGCAGCAAUAUCCUGGUGUAAAUUGGGCAGGAGUUGUAAAGGUUGUGUCUUAUUUAAAUUUAAGCUGACAACUCCAACUACAUAUUGGUUAUUGUGGUGUAUAUAAGUAGACAGGCAUAUAUGUGUGUGUGUGUACAUGCGUGUGUGUGUGUGUAUAUACGACUUUGUAUGUCUAUGUAUUGUCUGCCCAUGUGUAUGUAUAAUGCAUGUGAUUGUAAAAACGACAUUACAAUUUGUGAUUGCUGUUACUUUACAUAAAUGUUAUCAUGUUUAAUUUCAAGAGCACUUAAAGUUUGGAAAAACUUCUGGAUGGUCCACUCAUUUUCAGAGCCGAUAUUUAUUUCCUGCAGUGAUUAGGAGUCGACAUCGUCUGAGCUGAGGCAUGAAGAAGCAAAUCUCUAUCUUUCUGCAUCACAGUUGAUAAAACCCUGCAACUCAUAUUUCCCUGCGUUUCAACUGAGGCAAGGUGUGCAGAAGGAACUUGAUCUAAGACCCCAGGUCUCUUCUCGGUGGUGAGCCUCUACUACAGACAGAAUUAUUCCUCUGUUGCCAUGAUGUCACCUUGGCCAUGUGCGUCUACAAUGAGAUCAUCUUGUAGCACCAUCGUGUGGUGGAUGCUAGGCUCUGGGAAGUGAUAAAAGGUGUUAAUCUGCGCAUAUUUUGGAAGAUCUAUCCACAGUAUCUGAACAGACUCGUCAGGCAGUUUAACUGAUCUUAAGAUAAGGCUGAACCCACAGUGUAAAUAUAAAAAAUUGAAAAAAGAAAAACUUUAAUGUUAUACCUGACUCCGAAAUUGUGUGUUACUGUAACUAUUGUAUAGAGUUUACGUGCAGUGCAGUUUAUUGUGUAAUGAGCAAUGGAGGGGAACAUCCCCUGAUAACUUCCUGAGUUACCAAUGUGAAUAAAAGUGUGUUCUUAUUCACUAUAA